GUAAUGAGCAGUCGCAGGUUGGGAUCAGGCAGAAGCAUAGUCGAGAACAAGCCAAGGUCGGUAAUGAGAAGUCGCAGGUUGGGAUCGGGCAGAAGCGUAGUCGAGAACAAGCCAAGGUCAGUAAGGAGCAGUCACAGGUUGGGAUCGGGCAGAAGCGUAGUCAAGAACAAGCCAAGGUCUGUAAUGAGCAGUCGCAGGUUGGGAUCGGGCAGAAGCGUAGUCGAGAACAAGCCAAGGGUCAACAACGAGUGAUAGCAAAACACGGAUAACAACAGAAAUGAUAAGGAGCACGAUACUGGCUGGAGAGCACAAUAAUCUGGCAAACAGGAAGUGCAGAGACAUGGCUUAUAUCAGGAAGUUCAUGGGAGGAGCAAGGGGUUCAAGGUUCAUGACAAACAAGGUCAAGGUAGGAUCAUCCAAAUAAUUGUUAAGGGAGCUGUCCAGCAUUCCAGGUGGCUCAGCAAGAGUGUGAGUGUUUUCAUUAAGCA